AUGAUCAAGAAAAAACCUUAAAUCCCUUAAAUUAAGGACUCCGAAAUAAUUGAUCGAAAUCAAUCCAAAAAAUAAAUAAGAACUAUUCCAUAUUAACAUAGUCAAUCAAUUUAGGAAGAGGAAGAACAUUCUUCUUUAUCAUAAGUAAAUAUUUAUGGACACUCCAAACCUACUUUUCUAAUGACCUUUCCUUAAUAACCAAGAGAUUUUUAAGCCAGUGAAGACUUAAGAGCUCCUACGAUUAUAACUAAUAUGAUUUCCAAUAAGAGUCAAGAAUAACUUGCAAUAAAACCAGAUUUUAGAAAAUAACAUUAACUUAAUAAUUUAGAUGAAAGUUCUUAAUUUUCUUCACAAUUUAAUUCAGUAUUUUUUAAUCUUAACUUAUUUUAGAUGCGCUCAAUUUUAGAAAAUAAAAAAUCUAUGUAAAUCAAUUAGGAUAGGGUAAAAUUAUUGGUUAAUUACAUGAAAGUUAAAUUUUUGAAUUUAAUACAUUAUUCUAAAUAUAAUGAUCCUAUCCUUACUCAAGAAUUCAAAGAACGUAAAAAUGAUUUUUUAUAAUCUAUUUUAGUUUCACCACUUAAGUACCACUAUUUUACUAUGUAUAUAUUUCUAUCCACUGUUUUAUCAAAUACACUUUCAUGUAUAUUUAUCCCAAUUAGUUAAUUUUUUGAUGUUUCAUCAAUUACUUAAAUCAUUUCAUAAAUGACGUUUGGAUUUGCAUUACUAACAACUUGUUAAGAUCUAUUUUUUUAAAGAGGUCCUUAUAAAAUGUAAAGGGGAGUUAUAAAAGUUAAUUAUUAGGAUAAAUCAAAAAAAGUUAUUGAUUCAUUAAGACUAAGUCUUUUAACUAUAAAUUCUCUUUUUGAAAUAGAUGAAAGAGUUAAAUUAGUAACAGUUUUAUUUAUGAUGUUAUUCUAAUUUAUUAGAUAAAUAGAAAACUUUGAAAAUAUCUAUAAAUCCACUCAUCAUUUAAUUUUUGUUUUUUAACUGUGGAUUUCUAUAAUAAUUUCAUUUGCUUGCAUUUAUUAAGGUAUAUUCAUAAAAUAAUAAGAGUUUCCCAUUGCGAAGAAGAUCCUAGUCUCUAUUUUUGUAUUACUUUUGUUAUUUCCCUAUUGACUCAUUGUUCUAAUGUUUGUAAAAUAAUAAAUAUAAGCAUUAUAGCAAUUGAAAUUACUUAUGAGAAUUCAUUAUUGAUUUCCUUUUAUAUGAUUGUCUCAUAUCUUUGUUUAGCAUAUACAACUAUGAUGAUAUAUAUUUGGAUGAAACCAGAAUUAGAAAUAGAAGAGGAGAAAUAAAAGUUAUUAAAAGGAUUUGUUGAAAGAUUUAGAGAGAAAUGUGAAAAUGAUGGACUUUUAAGAAGAUGUUACUCUUAUUUGGAAUUUAGAAUUGAUGUAAAUAAAAUUGGAGUAUAUUUUAGGAAGACUUAAACAAAGCUAAAGAUUAAUUGACUAAAAAGUUGAGUCCUGAAUUAGAAGAUGAGAUUGAUUUAUCUUUAAGAUCAACAAUGAUUGAUAAGAUUGAAUUGAUGAAUAGGUUUUCUCCUUAAUUCAAAUAAUAAUUACUUUAUGAAAUUGAAUAAGUGACAUUUAAUCCAGAAGACAAUAUAAUAAUUGUACUUAUCAUCAGUAUUUUAAGGAACAUCAAAUUGAAGAUUUAGGAUUAUUUUAUAUAUUAAAAGGAUAAGUAAAGGUGUAAUUUUAAGGUUCAUCCUUUGGUACUAAUAAAAGAGCAGUAACAACUUUAUGUGAAGGAUAAACUUUUGGAUAAUAUUCAUUUAUUACAGGCAUUCCUUCAAAUAUAAGUAUAUUCAGUUCUGGUGUUACAACAUUAAUGAAAAUUAAGAGAUCUGAUUUUACUUUAAUUAUAUCGAAUUAUCCUAGAGACAAUGAAAUAUUUUGUACAAUGAAAGAUAAUGCAUUUUAUAAUUCAAAGUUAUUUGAAUGUUAUUACUGUAAAAUCAGAGGACAUUACAUAGUAGAAUGUAGACAUUUAUAAUAUUUUCCUUAAAGAAUAAAUGCAAUUGAAAAACAUUUAUAUACAGAAAAAUAACAAAGAAAAAAAUUUUCAAGAAAAUUAAAAAAAUAUUUUGCUUGGCAAGAUAUGAAUUUGAAUUAAGAUAAAGCUAGAUAAUAUGCUAAUAAAUAAAGUUAAGAAUAAGUCUCUGAUGAUUUACCAGAACCUUCUCAAUUGCCUUAUUCUGAAAGUAAGUUUUUUAAAUAAAUUAGAUUAAACACAUUAAUCAGUUAGUUUUGUAAGUAAUUCUUUAGCAUAGAAAAAUUAUAGCCCUGAUUAAUAUCAAUCAGCUAGUAAUGUAAAUGUUGAAAGUUUAGAUUAAUUCAAUAUUGAAUAAGAAUAUUAAGAUGAAUAAACUAUACCAUUAUAAGAACCAUAAAUUAAAAGCAUUAGAAAGAACUCUAAUAAAACUACUUUGAAAACAGCAGGAUUUCCAAUCAACUUUGACCCUAAUAAUCUAACAAAUUUUGGGAAUAAUUUAUCACAAAUAGAAAAAGGUGAAAGAGAUAUUUUGAGUUAAUUGUAAGAGGCUUAAAUGACUAAAGAUAAAACUAUACUUUAUCCAGCAAGUCGUAACAAUACUUAAAAUAAGUUAACAUUUUAAUAUUAUUAAGAUGCAUCUUAAGGAAUUUUAUUAAAAGAAGAUCAAAUUAAGACUGACUCUUAUUAAUUAUAAUAAUAAUAAUUAUAAUAAUAGUAACAAUAACUAUCUCAUAAUACUCUUAAACAGUCAAUAAGAUAACCUUCAAAUAGAUCAUAUACAUAUUCUAAUUCAUUAUCAAAAGAUAUAUCUAAUAAUCCUUCAUCUAAUUCUAGAUAAAAUAAAUCUUAAAAAUUAUCAAUUUUAUCUAGUUAAAAUAGAUAUAUUGAGUAAACAGGUAUUAAAAAAAUGAAUAGUUCUAAAUCACUAAGUGAAUAAAAUAGAAUAAACAAUAAUAAAAGUUAAAAAUCAUGUACUAAACAGAGUACUCCAAAUUAAAUGUCCUAGUUUUAAGCCUUAACAACUCCAGAGGUAGUAUUAAUUUUUAAAAUAGAAUCAAGGGUACUUUAUAAAUGAUGAGUUAUUCAAUAAAUUCGAAAAAAUGCAGGAAUAUUAAAUUUACUAUCCUCACAAUAAUUAUAAUUAAGUUAUUAAUCGCUACGUCAAAUUUUUAAAUUCAACCAGAAAAAACAAUUUUAAAAGGAAAAAGUUAAAUAAUAGUACUCCUUAUUCGAUAAAAUGCUUUGUUGCAUCUAAAAUUAAAAGAGUAAAAAAGCUAUUAUAAAACUGA